AUUUCACAAACUCGAAUCAUUUUGUAUUUCGAGGUAUUUGAGGAGCAAUAAGCUAAAAGAUAAUGCCUGGUUUUUGGCGCUGCGCUACAGUGGGCGUUAUAGCUCUCGGUGGAGCAGCUCUUGCUUACUACGGCUACCAACACUGGCACAUGAAUGAGGAAAAAGUUCCAAGCACCAUUAAAAAGGCGGGCAAGGCUGUUUCCAUGGAGAUUGAAGCUAACGGACAGGAGAAGGAAGCGGAGGUCAGUCAGAUAAGAACUGAUGUUUGCUUGGCUACAACCACCCAAGAGAAGGUAGAUCUGGUAACAACUUCUUCAAACGUCUACCACCCAACUAAGGAUGUUGCAGACAUUGAACAUGCCAACGACGCGAGUGAAGAAGUGUCCAUAGAUGCUACCGCAGUGGCAGGAGAGCUAGAAAAGCCUAAGGACGUCGUAGCUUGCAAGAGCGAGGCUCGCGUAUUUGUCGAUAAAGCAGACAAUUCUUUGGACGUUGCCGUCCAAGGCCAUUGUGAUGGCAAGGUGUGGGAGGAUGUUAUCAUCCCUGGCAAUGGCGGAGACGGGGAAUGGUCCGAGGAGCUCGACAUGGGAUUGCAAGAUGGCUUUGAUUGGCUUGUCGGCGCUGACAAUGAGUUUGCCAGGAAGAUUGAAAGAGAAACAAAGAAAUUGAGGAAAUUGUGUUUGGAAACAGCAAAACACUCCCCUUCAUAUAAUGAUGUUUCUUGGGCUCGAAGCUCUCUUUCAAUUGAGUAAAGCUUCAACUAUAUUUGGACUCCAUUUGGCACUAAAGGAAUCAGUGCUUAUAACGAGCCAAAUGACCAAGUCUAGACGUUUAGGUGUUUUGCUAGUAAAUGGUUGAGAGCAAGUUCUAGGCAAUUAAGGAGUCAGUCCUUAUUACGAGCAGCCAAAUGACCAUGCAAGUCAAGAUAAUUAUAUUUGCUAGUUAUUGAAUGAACUAUAUGACACAAAGGAGCCAGUGCUUUUAACAAGCUCGUGGCUGAAUGAAAGGACUCUUUUUUUAGCACUAUGGGAAUCAGUGCUUUUUACGAGACAAAUUGCUUGUGAUUGAGGGAACUAUAUGUCACAAAGGAGUCGGUGCUUAUCACUUGCUAUUGACCAGGUCAAGACGAUAGGUGCUUUGCUUGCGAUUGGAAGGACCCUAUUUGCGUGAUGAAACGCAUUGGAUUAUUCGUUCUUUUUAAUGACUUUGGUUAUGAUUUUUUAUUCCGAAGUUUUCGUUUGGGUGUGGUUGCGGUUGUUGUUGGGAUAUAUUUAAAUUUCUUGGAAUCCUAGCUAAGCAGCUUUCGUGUGAAGUUUAUCUUGACCAAUCUCGAAAUAAGCGCAUAUGGAUGUGGGGGGAAGAGGUGGGGGUGGAGAUCUAUAUUUUUGUGAGUCCCUUCAUAUUAUUGGCAAAUCCUUUAGUGGCUAGCAUUCGACACAGCAAAAACUAUGCUAUGCGUGCACGUCUAAAAAUAUCAAGCAUCGAGUACUGGCUUUUUACCUUGAGCUCUGGCUGGUAUGGUACCAUUCAGGGGUCGCAAUUUAAGUGCACCAUAGCAGAAUAAAUAUAUCAAAAACGCA